AUGGCAUCAUGGUACUCGGACAUACCCAUACACACCGCUCCACCUGUACUCAAUGCAAUCCCGCCAAGACCGCCCUUUGAACAUACGCUGGGCGCCGCACAACAUGAACAGACAAAGUCUACAGGAGCAGCUAAGUCGCUGAAAUUGCCCAGCGAUGGACUGUGGGCCACCAAUCAGCAAGGGGAAGGACAGCAGUGGGAGCACGUGAUCCAGUGCAAGGCCGUCGCCGAUGUCGAAUCAUGGUCCACCGUCAUGCUGGAGCUGGUACGACAUCCCGAACGCAAUUCGUCCAAUAUCCUCAGGGCAGACAUUUUGCUAGACGAGGUCAAGGAGAGCGAAGAGGGUCACGCUUCUCUCGGAGCUCAAGAAGGGCAGCUGCAGUGGACGCUUCACAGGCAGUUCGUAAGACGUCUCCUCCCGCGUCGCCCUGGCAUAGACUCGCAUCUGGAUCAGCUCUGCAGCUUCUUCCAGAGCAGUGAUGCUGCUGGAUUUUCCAGACUCGUCGUCUACACACCACUGCAAUGCUCCGUGGCUCGACCAUUCGACCUGUCCACUGUGGCUGGUACAAAAGAAUGGCUCAGCCGUCACUCAGCGAUGACGGAUCCUGAGCAGGUGCCAUUCUACCAUCCUGCAGUCAAGGCUCUGGCAUUUGCGUACCUCAGCGAUUCAUCGCACACGGGUGGAAUACCGGACGACUCUUCUGCGGCCGCAAACAUUCUGAGCAUCUCGGCUCUCCCUUUCGGCUCGGCCCAGCUAUCUCCGACGAUCCGACGCAUCUGCACUACUCUUCUCAAAACCAUUCAUACGCAUACAUGGGGAGUCUCACAUUCUUAUGUCACUCGAGUUCCGCAAGAUCGACUGGUUCCAAAAGAGAUGUACCAAGACGUGUACCUUAACUUGAAGCACCGCUGGGCUGGCUACCUGGUCAAGGAAUGGCGCGAAGGCACUGAUCCGGAGAAACACGUACACGAGGAUUUGGCGUUGGCUGCUUGGCUCAUGUGCCUAUGGAGAAUCAAGUUUGGCGGCGCCGCGGGCGAGGAAGAAGUUACCGUAGGGCUCAAGGAGAGACCCUGGCUUACGGAUAGCCAGUCGUGGUCAAGACCACCGGGCGGCUUCGUCGAUGUAGGCUGUGGGAAUGGGCUGCUUGUGUGGCUGCUCAACAAUGAGGGCUAUGAAGGACACGGCUUCGAUCUUCGACCUCGGAAAUCGUGGGAGCUCUUUCAGACCGGAGCAUCGACAAUAGAAGGGCAGGUCAGCACUCGAUGCGCCGACUUGCGAGUGCAGACACUGGAUGCAAUUCGCUUCAUUCAAGACCUGCUCGAAGCACCUCAAGACGCAUCGGGCAACGACUUGUCGCUGUUCCCUCCACAUUGCUUUUUGAUUGGCAAUCACGCUGAUGAGCUAACGCCCAUCCUGCCUCUGCUGUCCGCUGCCCUUCCCAGCUGUGCGGGGAUGCUCAACAUCCCAUGCUGUGCGUGGUCAGUUGAAGGCGUGAGGUUCAACAAGGCAAAGUAUAGCGUGACAAGGGAGGAGGUGGCCGAGCUGCUAGAUUUGCCACAACGAUCUCUGCUGAAGUCACAGAUGUUGGAGCUAGGUCUUGGUCCACCCGUGGACGCCCCAGUGCCUCGCAAGGCCAAAGCAAGCGCAAGCCCAAGUGGGCCCUCAGCCGCGUGCGCGAGUAGCGCAAAGACACCAGGGGGAUCUCGCAAUGUCGCGUACCUGUCGUACGUGUCACACCUCCACCUUCUGUGUGGCUGGCUGGUGGAAAAGGAAGCGUUGCGAAUUCCCAGCACUAAAAACUGGGGCAUCGUCUCUACUCGCAAAGUUGGCUCUGAGGUGGCAGCUAGGGACAGAGUCAGGACAUUGAUCGAAGGCGUGGGCGGAGGGUGGAAGGCAAGAUCUCGAGAAGGUGAAGGCAAGUGGUUCCUGUCCGCUGCAGAGAAGGGGGAUCAUCGGGGUUGA